AUGACAGGUAUGUGGGAUGCCGCGCUCCAUCCAAGCGGAGCCCGCUGCGCGCUUUUACGCACGGUGGCACGUCCGAGCUCAUCCAAAACGACCCCGAGCCUUCCUGAGUUUAUCCUGAUCCUAUUAGUGAUGUUGCUCGUCCCGGUCCAGCCAGCAUCAGCUCAUCCUCAGUGUCUGGACUUCGCGCCACCUUUCAAACCUUUAUGGCACCUGGAGUUUUGUACGCAGUACGAAGACUUUGGCUGCUGCGACCAGAAGACAGACAACAUGAUAGCGGAGAGAUACUGGGACAUUAUUGACCAGCUGGAAACGGCGGGUCAUGAGCUCUGUGCAGACAUGUUGAAGGAAAUCAUGUGUCAGGAGUGCUCUCCAUAUGCCGCCCACCUCUAUGAUGCUGAGGACCCGUACACACCUGUCAGAGAGCUACCUGGCCUUUGCUUUGGCUACUGCUCCGAGUUUCAUGGCAAAUGUCGCCACGUGGUUAAAUAUUUAACAGAGAACCAGCUGCUGCGAGACACCUCUGAGCGAGAUGUGGCCACGUUCUGCAGCGUGGUCGACCUGUCCGACCAGGACUACUGCUACCCCAACGUUCUGAAGAAUUCUGACCUAAACAGUAACCUGGGACAGGUGUUGGAGGACCCCAGAGGGUGUCUCCAGGUGUGCCUGACAGAGGUGGCGAACAACCUCAGGAACCCCGUGUUGAUGCUUCACAGCGGCGACGGCACACAUCGCAUGUUCAUCGCCGAGCAGGUGGGCUUCGUGUGGGUUUACCUGCGUGACGGCAGCCGACUGGAGCAACCCUUCCUGGACAUGAGCGGGGAGGUGAUGACCACACCCUGGCUGGGGGAUGAGAGGGGCUUUCUGGGUAUGGCCUUCCACCCACAGUACCGGGACAACGGACGCUUCUUCAUCUACUAUUCGAUCCAGGUCAACAGCAUGCUGGAGAAAAUCAGAGUCAGUGAGAUGAAGGUGUCCGCCCACGAUAUGAACUUGGCUGAUCUGUACUCAGAGAGGGUCAUUCUGGAGAUCGAGGAGCCAGCUGCAAACCACAACGGAGGUCAGCUGCUGUUUGGUCUCGAUGGAUAUUUGUACAUCUUUACUGGUGAUGGUGGAAAAGCUGGAGAUCCAUUUGGGAAGUACGGCAACGCACAAAACAAGAGUGCUCUGUUGGGGAAAGUACUCCGCAUCGAUGUAGAUGGAAGUGACUCCAGUGGGAAGCAGUACAGAAUCCCCCCCGAUAACCCAUUCCUCCGUGACCCAGAAGCCCGACCAGAGGUGUACGCAUAUGGGGUCAGAAACAUGUGGCGAUGCUCUGUGGACCGCGGAGACCCGGUCAGCCGCUAUGGCAGGGGCCGGAUAUUCUGUGGAGACGUGGGUCAAAACCGCUAUGAGGAAAUUGACAUUGUUGUGAAGGGAGGAAACUAUGGAUGGAGAGCCAAGGAGGGCUUUGAGUGCUUUGAUAUGAAACUGUGCCACAACUCCUCCCUGAAUGACAUCCUCCCUAUAUUUGCAUACAGCCAUCAUGUUGGGAAGUCUGUGACGGGGGGAUAUGUGUACAGAGGAUGUGAAUCACCCAAUCUGAACGGCCUGUACAUUUUUGGAGACUUCAUGAGUGGUCGGAUCAUGGCGUUAGAGGAAGAAAGGACAACAGGAAGCUGGAGGGAGAGGAGCGUGUGCAUGGGGGAAACAAAGACGUGCUCAUUUCCUGGACUCAUCAACCAUCACCACAAGUUCAUCAUCUCAUUUGCUGAGGAUGAAGCAGGGGAACUAUAUUUUUUGGCGACUGCGUACCCCAGUGCCACGUCUCCUUUUGGAACUGUUUUCAAAUUCAUGGACCCCUCCAGGAGAGCACCUCCGGGGAAAUGUAAGCAGAAGCCGCUGCCUGUCAAAGUUAGGGGGAAAAAGCUCCCCUUUGUGCCAAGAGAACUGACUGUGCUGGACACAAAUGAAAAGCCGACAAGACCACCACCAAGAAAAUUCAAACUCACCACCAAACCGACGCUGACGAGGAGCCACGACAAACCUACAACGACUGCAGCCAGUAGCGCUUUUGCGGCCCUCAAGGUGGCCGGCUCAUUAGGCAUGAACCAUGAACUCAUUACUCAUCCAUACCCCCACUCCCUCAAUGAUCAGAGGGUGGUUGGACCCACCUGUGGUCUUAUUAUCCAGUAA